GACAUGUUUCCGUGCUAGUGUUUGAUUAAUUAAAAAAAAACAUAAAUUAUUUAUUUUUAAAUAAUGAAAUAAAUACAGACACAACACGUGAUCACAACAAUAACAACAACAAAAAUUACUCGAGCUGAUAACACGGCACACAGCGAUAACGUCGUCUCGGACGAACGAAAAGUGCAUACAUUUUUGUCGACUUAGAAACACAAAAAGAGAAUGGGUGUAAACAUGGAUUCGGUAUUGAACGAAAUCAAGUUCGAUCAGAAACUGUUUGGUCUGUUGAAAACUUACAACAAGUACGUAAAUUACAGGUUCGACUACGUGAUCAGAACGAGUGUCGCUCAAUCACCAGCCGAACUCGGCAACAACUUGAUGAAAUGUGCCGUUCUGAAUCCAUGUCAACACGAUUCGCUGGUUCGUAAAACCAAUUGUGAUUCUAAUGCUAGUUUGAACACCUUAACAGAACUACGGAAUGAACUGAAAACUCUUUUGAAUGAAGCUAAUUUAAAGAGAAAAGAAAUUCAUAUAAUGUCGUUAAACGAAGAGGGACUAAGAAAAAAUAUCAAACAUUUAGAGGAAAUCAUAGCUAUAAAGGAAAAUUUAAUCAGUCAAACCGCAAAUUACACGGAAAUCAGAAGUUGUGCAAAAGAUAAGGUCCAAAAAGAAUACCAAAGAAUUAGUAAAAAGUAUAACAAAAUAUUAAGUCAACUGAACAAAUCCACCAAAGCAAUCAAGGCCAGUACUGUAAAUUCAAGUAAACACGUAGAUUAUGCAGAUCGUUUGAGCGAUCGACUCUUGAGGUACGAAACAAAAAUUAAGAAAAUGGACGAUAUCAUUAAAAUUGCCGGAGACAGCCAAGAAAAAUUGAUGAAGGAUAAAGUCGCUUUGCAAACGUCCAAGGAUCGUUUGAAAAUUUUCUACGAACAAUUAAGCAGCCAAUUGAAAAUCAAAAACGAAAUGAUCGCCGUGCUUAUGGAGAGCGAAAAGCGAAUUAGUCAGUUGAAAUCGUACCUAUCCAAUUUUGGGGUGUUAUCCAGUAUCGAAAAAAGUCGAGUCCACACGUCUUCCAAUAUAAUGGAACAUAAUAAUUUAAAGAAAAGUUUCCUAGAACUACAACACAUGAGAAAUGAAGUUUUGAGCUGUCGGCCCAAAGGAAUGUUCAAUCCAAAAUACCAAAAAGAAAAUAGUUUAAACAAAGAAGAAGUAAGGAAAUAUUUAGAAAACGAUGAAACCAUUGACACUGUAGAUUAUUUAAUUGAAUUGAAAAACAACCAACCUAGUAACAACGAUGACGACUGGAUGAAACAUAUUCCGACGGAGUCUGUCGAAGCUGCCGUUUUUCUAAAAUGUCUAAAUAACCUGAACACGACAGAAAUUAAGAAAUUGCUGUUACACUAUUUUAACAAAGUCGUAGAUCUUAAAGAAUCCGGACGAGAAAACGACGAAAUCAUCUCUAAACUUGAUGAAAUUAAUGACAAGCAGAGACGUACAAUUGUCUCGUUGAAUAAUAGCUAUCAAGAGUUCCAUUUGUCGGUGGAGAAAAAAUUUAUAGCGUUAAAGAAACACUAUCAAGACAAAAUAAAUAUGUUAUUCCAACUUUUGCAAGAAGAAAACAAUGCCAUAACUGUAUUUAAAAUGAGGCAAGAGAUUGUUGGAUUGAAGAAAAAAAUUGGUGAAAUGGAAAAAACGCAGCAGUCUGCGAAACCAAAAGACGCGUUAGUUUUGGCAGAACCUCAUCAUCACAGUUUGGACCAACUCGAGAUGUCUCGAUCCGAAUCAGAGACGAUGUCCUCAACUAAAGUGACGUACCACAAAAAUAAACUAAAAAUUCAAAAAAAUAAAUCCAAAUAAUGUUCUAGUUAAAAUUAGGAUUUGUCCAAUAUAAUUGGAAAACAAAUUAUAUUUU